GGGAAGAAUCUGAUCCUCAUUGCGAUUCGUAUCCAGACGAAUUGCCUUCGCUGAAUAGCUGGAAACGAAACUGCUUAAAUCGGGAUUUAAAUCGUCUGCUUUUCACGGCCACCUUAUCUUUGACCAACGGCGACCUGGCUAGAUCUACUUCUUGCCUUUCUAGUAUCGUCAACCAUAGCAGGCUAAUUACCUCGGCAAUUGCCGAAUCUUCCAGUCUUUUUGGCUGUUGUGCUAGUGACACAGGAUCGCUUAGUCGGCAGCCGAGCGUUUUGUUUGACGAUAACCUUGCAAAUUGGCUUGCCCGCGCCAACAGUCUACUUCAGCCUACCAAAUCCACUGAUAUAGAUAUCAUGUGGACACGAUGGAUGCACGAAUCGCCCGUUGCCGCUUCCACUUGGCUGCACCUCGGCGUCAAUCAAGAGAUGGAACCAACCGCUCGCACCAUGGCGAGCAUUCUUGCCUGUACUAACGCUCUGGAUGCAGCUAGCUCUCGAUUUGCCCAACGCCUGUUACUCCGUGAGGCCGCCGCCCUCAAUCUUCUUCCUGCUUGCAGUGAAUUCAAUCUAUCUCAACUUAAUGGUCGGGCUGUAACCGGCCAAACUGAAUUAAUAUCCGGCUUACCCCAAUCUUUAUCCGUGGCAGCCCGAGCUCCUUUCCAU